UCAUAGUCUCGAUAACAUAAGCUAGUUUGUUCGUCGCCGCCGCCCACCAUAAAAUCCUUCAUUUUUCCUAUUUUCUCCUCCUUUUUGACGAAAUCAGAAAUGAAUAUUCCAGAAGUGGCAUUUCAAGUCUUGGUGCGACUUCCACUAAAAAGCCUCGCAAGAUUCAGAUCAGUGUGCAGAGAAUGGAAACUUCUAAUCGACUCUGAAUUCUUCCGAGACUACUUCAUCUCGCUCAACUCUUCCUCAGUCUCAUGGUCAAUCAUUCAAACGAGACAUCACAUAUUGUCACUUGACAUCGUUGGUCACCAUGGAUGCAAAACAUGGGGACUUACUCGUUUUCCGGGAUCUUUUGUGAGUUUCUUUGCCGAGACCACAAUCAGGAAACUACAAGUCUUAGCUUGUACCGAUGGGUUGGUCCUUAUUUACGCAGAAGCUAGUGAUGGAACUCCUAUGCAUUACGUUGGUAGUCCUUUGUUUCAAGAAUGGUUUCAAAUUCCUUUCCCUCCUUACAUCCAUUUGCAAGAUGAUGUGGGAUUACAUGAUCAUAAGCGUUUCAACGACAGUGGAUUGGUUACAAAGAUGCAGAGUGGUACCGUUGUGAGUUACAAGGUUGUGUGGUUGAUCGCUCACGCUUUUGCUAAAGUCGAUUUUGGGAUUUACUCAUCUGAUACAGGGGAAUGGGAAAUUAAAAAAGUGACUUGUCUUCAUUCUCCCUUCUGGUUUAGUCAUCAAAAGUCCAUUGCUUUAAAUGGGAUUCUUCAUUGGCUUUGCAAUUUCAACACUUCUUUUGUAGCUUACGAUUUCUAUGGAGAUCAUGAUGAUGAUGCGUGUGAUAUCAUACAUUUCCCCGAUAGUGGAAAAGAUGAUGAGUUACGAUGUUUUAGGAGAACCUUGUCGACCUCGGAAGGGUCUAUUGUGUACUUCAACGAGUUUGGUGAGAACGGAAACCGCAUAUUACGGGUUUGGAGGCUGGUCAAGUACACUGAUGGUCCUGAGGCGUGGCAGCUCUUUUGGGAAGUCAGCUUGGUGUCUUUGAUCGAUUUAGGUAUCUAUUAUUUCCCUGUGGUGAUGCAUCCUUUGAACUCUGAGAUCAUCUACUUGUGGAGCAGAAACAAGACAGGUAUGGUAUUGUUUAACUUGAGGACACAUGUGUUUAGUCUUCACAAGGAAUCCGAAGACGAGACCAAGUGUAUGGAUGGUUGCACCUUGAGCUUUAACAGGUGCAGCGAGUAUAUGGAGAGUAUGUAUGGAUACUUUUUCCCAUCGUCUUACGGUGGUACUAACUGUCUCUUCGCUUCACAGUAUGUUCUCCCUCGUUGGCUGCACCGUCUCCCUCGUCCGCAGCCUUCUUAGUCUAUUCUCUGUUUUGAGUACUUGAAUCAAAUUUCAAAUGUGAA